CCCGCGCGGCCCCGGCCUGCCCGCGCGCUGUGCCCCCGGUCCCGCGAGCGCCGCCGGCCUGCGUGGUCUGCGCCCGACUCGAGAUGCCCGUGUGGGGAGGUGGAAACCGGUGCGCGGCCUGCGGGGGGACCGUGUACCACGCGGAGGAGGUGCAGUGUGACGGCAGGAGCUUCCACCGCUGCUGCUUCCUGUGCAUGGUUUGCAGGAAAAACCUGGACAGCACGACGGUGGCGAUUCACGACGAGGAGAUCUACUGCCGGUCCUGCUACGGGAAGAAGUACGGGCCCAAGGGCUACGGCUAUGGGCAGGGCGCGGGCACGCUGAGCACCGACCGCGGCGAGAGGCUGGGCAUCAAGCCCGAGAGUGCACCACCUCACAGGCCCACGACGAACCCCAACACUUCUAAGUUUGCUCAGAAAUUCGGAGGCGCUGAGAAGUGCUCCCGCUGCGGGGACGCCGUGUAUGCAGCCGAGAAGAUCAUCGGAGCCGGGAAGCCCUGGCACAAAAACUGUUUCCGGUGUGCCAAGUGUGGGAAGAGUCUCGAAUCAACAACUUUGACUGAGAAAGAAGGUGAAAUCUAUUGUAAAGGAUGCUAUGCAAAGAACUUUGGGCCCAAGGGAUUUGGCUACGGCCAAGGAGCAGGAGCCCUUGUUCACGCCCAGUGAAGGUGUAAACCCAGAACCGAGAUCACACACGGAGAAUCGCUACAUCACCUAGGCACAGAUGACCCAACACUUAACUACUGUGAAAUCGUGCCAGCACUUGAGUACCGUCUGUUGUCCCCUACGCGGACAGGCUGGCUGACUGGCAGGAGGAGAGCACUGUAUCCGUUUGCUUUAUUCGUCAGCAUUCCCAAGAAUUGUUUCUUUUACAUGUUAAAUAAAACUUCAGCUUGA